AUGGCAUCUUCGGAUUCAUGGCCUUCAGAUGUUAGCGCACCGCUCACGGCCAACAAUGACAAUGACCAUAGCGGUUUGAUUGUGGUCCUCACAGCGGUGUGCUUGUGUCUAUACAUCGUUGCCAUCGCAGCACGCGUCUACUCCUCGGUUCAGAAAAGCAGCCUAUCGCCAGAUGACUACACAUUUGCUGCCCUUGUAAUUGCCGCAAUCAUUCAGGUGACGCUGGUGUUCGCUGAGGUCCAUUUUGGAUGGGGAACUCGGAUCGAAUCUAUCGACACGCACAGCAAGGAACAGAUGUUCAAGGUAGGCCAACGCCCGCAAAUCAAAUCAAUCAAGACCAAGUCAUUGAUGUCCGGACAGAUCGGCUAUGUUGCGGAUAUCUUCUCCGUAAUUGUGCUGGGCCUCUCGAAGAUAACGGUUUGUAUUUUCUACGAGAAUCUUUUCUCGCAAAUGCAGCGUCGAUUCAUUCGCAGCCUUCUUCUGGGGACGAUCAUAUGGACGUUGCUUUCCGUUUUCCUAGUGGCGAUCCGAUGUACCUCCAGUCCAUGGAAUGAAAUCAGCGCCAUUCAAUGCAGUGGUUUGUUCCCCCGCUGGGAAGCAGUUACCAUUAUCGAUAUAUCCACCGAGGCCUUGCUCCUGGUCUAUGUUGCUCUUGCAAUCUACAAAGUCAAAAUAUCUACGAAGAAAAAAGUCAUCGUCUUCUGUGCUCUCGAGAGUCGAAUGAUACUCAUUCCCUUGGCCGCGGUGCGAAUUCAUUAUAUCAAAGUCCAGCUCGACUCGGAAAACCCAACUCUCAUCGGAUCCUUCGCAACAGUGUGCACGGAAAUAUACUUGGCCCUCAGCGUGAGCUGUCUCUUGACGGCGUUUCUAAAAUCAUUCCUGGCCGUCUACGAGGAUGAAUACGGAAUCUCAUACACAUACCGAGGCCCCUCAAAAUCGGGGUCGAAAGGUACAACCCAAUCCGGAUCGAGGCCGGGGUUGUCUAAGUCCAAGGACUCGGGGUUCCAUCGACUCUCAACUCGUGGCAACGGGGCAGAGCACCAACUCAAGGGAUGGGAAAGAGAAGAGGACCCGAUAAUGGACAAAUCAGAUACAGGCCGAGGGCUUCACAUAUUGAAAACAGUGCAUCUGAGUGUGGAGGAUGAACCUAUAGAGCUUUCAGACAGAGGUGCGCCCAGUUUAUAG